AUGGCGUUACUUCUCGUGUUUGUCACCCUGCUGCAUCUCAUCACACUAGCAAUGCUGUUCAUUGCAACUAUGGAAAAGACCUGGUGGGUGUGGGACAACACAAAACACUCAGACCUUUGGUACAACUGCAGGCUGGACAACUCCACUGGCACCUGGUUGUGUACAUCUACAAAAGAAACAGAGUGGCUACAUGCAGUGCAGGUCCUCAUGGUUCUCUCAGUGGUCUUCUCUGUAGUCUCCUUCUUCGUGUUCUUGGGCCAGCUGCUCACCAUGUCUAAGGGUGGACUCUUCUACUUCACUGGACUGUGUCAAGUCUUUGCAGGUCUGACAGACUUAUCUGCUGCUCUCAUCUACACACUCCACAAUAAGGAAAUCCUUCUGGACACACCAAAACUGUUUUCGGGAUAUUUUGGCUACUGUUUUAUCCUGGCCUGGGUGUGUGUCCCUCUCUUGUUGUGUAGCGGGAUCAUAUACAUCCACUUGCGCAAGAAAGAGUGACCAGACAAAGGAAGACCAAUGUCAACGGCAGCACCAGCAACGAAGCGACUAAAGUGACAUCACUGUUCAAA